AUGUCGGCUACAGCUACGGCUACUUCCACGUUCACGACCACCACACUUGUUGGAUCCCCGGAUAUGAAGGGCGUCACUUUAUCAGAGAAACAAUGUCCCAUGUGCUGGGGUGAAGGCUUGCAAAGCGAGUCGGGCGCCCAUGAUAGAAUCCAGGAGUUGGAGGGGCAGGUGCAUGCGUUGACAGCGCGCGCUUCCGUUACAGCCGUCAAACUCAACGAAUACGAAGAGGAAGUACGACGUCUACGCUCCUCCCAAUCUCAAGUAACCUACGAUACACCAAGAUCCUCACUGGGCGGACCACCGCCCUCCUCACAAGAUCAGUCCCAGGCCCCCAUCGAGCGCCCGACCUCCUCAGAAUCCCAACCCCAACCCCAAACCUAUCACAGUCGCCUCACGACACUCGCAUCUCUCAUCCCAUACCGGCGCAGCAGCACAACUCCCGCCAGCGCCCCCUCAACAUCCAGCGGACCCCCUCCACUCCCAGCAACGCCAACAAACCCACUUCUACGAAUGCACUCCUCACCAGCGAGCAGCGACAAUGCCGAGCUCCAAGAUGCAUUGGAGCGCGAACAGGGCCUGCGCAAGGCAGCUGAGACACAGCUGUCACAGGCCAGUUCGGAGCUGGAGGAGUUGACCGUGCAGCUCUUCAGCCAGGCGAACGAGAUGGUUGCGCAAGAGCGGAAGGCGCGCGCGAAGCUCGAGGAGAGGGUCGCUGUGCUUGAGAGGAGGGAUGUUGAGAAACGGGGGAGGCUCGAGAGGUUGGAGAAGGCUAUAGCGCGUAUAGAGCGCCUCAAAGCAUUGGUUAAUCAAUAA